CCCUAGCUGAACCCACUUCAUUUCUCCUCACCAAUUCACACAACAUUCCUCUUUCUUGCUGCAUAACAUCACCAUGGCUGCUACAUCUUCGGCCUCCAUCCUACUGUUCAUGCUGGCAGCUGUGGCCUCCUCUGCUGCAGGUAAUUUCUACCAGGACUUCGAUGUGACAUGGGGAGAUGGCAGGGGAAAGAUCCUCAACAAUGGCAAUCUCCUCACCCUUUCCCUCGACAAGUCCUCUGGCUCAGGAUUCCAGUCCAGGAAAGAGUACCUGUUCGGCAAGAUCGAUAUGCAGCUCAAACUCGUCCCUGGCAACUCUGCUGGCACCGUUACCGCCUAUUACUUGUCAUCGAAAGGAUCGACGUGGGAUGAAAUCGACUUCGAGUUCCUGGGAAAUUUGAGCGGCGAUCCUUACAUCCUCCACACCAACGUGUUCGCACAGGGUAAAGGAAACAGAGAGCAACAGUUCUAUCUCUGGUUCGACCCCACCGCGGAUUUCCACACUUACUCCAUCCUCUGGAACCCGCAGCGAAUCAUAUUCUCGGUGGACGGCACCCCAAUCAGGGAGUACAAGAACCUGGAGAGCAGAGGAGUUCCUUUCCCCAAGAGCCAGCCGAUGCGGAUUUACUCGAGCCUGUGGAACGCGGAUGAUUGGGCGACGCGUGGCGGUCUGGUGAAGACGGACUGGUCGAAAGCGCCAUUCACGGCUUCCUACAGGAACUUCAACGCCGAAGCGUGCGUGUGGUCUAAUGGAGGCUCGUCCUGCGGCAACAACAACAACAACAACAAGGGUUCCUCUGGUGCAGCUGCGUGGAUGUCGCAGCAGCUUGAUACGACGAGCCAGCAGAGGCUGAAAUGGGUUCAGAAGAAUUACAUGAUUUACGAUUACUGCAAGGAUUCCAGGAGGUUUCCUCAGGGAUUUCCUCCUGAGUGCAGCGUCGCCUGAGAAGGAAAUUGAUACACACCGUGUGUGCAUAUGAGUAUAUGACUAUUAAGUAUUUGAUGGCAUACAUACAUGUAUAGUUGUUCUGAUGUACCAUAUGACAAAAUAAUGUUCAAUACAAAUAUUACAAUGUGUUUUUUAAACCAACCUACAUGCAUUUCAAAUUUUUGCAAAUGUAUCGAGACAUAAAGUUUAGAAGAAAUUGUGUCCGACGUUAUUGAGAGUUCGAUUGGAAAUAAAGAAGAUGAUGAUUCAAUGU